GUACCUAAGGGUUUGGCGUAUAUGCUUCCCUAUCCCGGACUGCGACUUUGGUGAUGACGAAUUGACUGAGGUGCAGGAUGCAGAGGCAUCUGCUAUGCCAAGUAGGUGGACAAGCAAACGAUUAAAGGUUUUUCUUUUUUCCAAUAAUUAUAUGACGUAUAUACCACCUUUUUCAUGGCUUGUCCCCCCGAUAUUGAUGAUACGAAACUGAAUUACGAUUUCGCAACGUAACCAUCACGGCAUCGAUGACUUAUCCAUUCGCAACGAGCAUCCUAGAUGCUACCACAAUGCCCUACGAAACGGUCGUCAUAACUUCUUUACAGCCGCCUGACCUUUUCAAAUUCGAUUAUGACGCUAAGAACCAAGAGACGUGUGGCUAGAUUGACCGAGAGAUGCUUGAACUCGUCAUGACAGUUCAGUAAGCGCGUACCUAUACCAUACGACCUCGAUACUUAUAAACCCCUCUACGCAUUUGCUUUGUGAAUGUCUGGACUUGCUGGGAUUACUUACUUUGUAUGUCAGAUGCAGCAAAAAUAAAAAAGAAUAACAACCAUGACACACUUCGUCAGUUUGGCAAGCGUCGGUGUCUUAGCACUCGUAGUGCCACAUUCUCUUGCAAUUCCCUUCGUCUCCGAAGCUGAAACCACGGUGAGCUCAGAUGCGGCGACGACAGCUCCUGUAGUGGCUGUGACAAAUGUGACUUCUCAUGGUGCAUACACGGGCCCGCCGGCUACGACAACCGGCGCGCUCUCUACAGAGGCCACAGCCCUGACUAUCCCGGCCAGGCCGCCGGAGCAGUACAAGCUGCAGUACCCAGCGGACGGACAGCUUCACCAACCGCAGCCCGCACCAUACACUCCAGGCGGCGGUUUGGGUACUAACGGCACCGAGCCAGUGUAUCGUGUAGUGAGCGACUUCGACUACGAAUCGGUUGCAUUAGCUCUCUACCAAGAGUGGAUCGAGCUCGACCUCUUUCACUGGGGAUUAGCCAGGUUCUCCGCCGAAGAAUUCGAAGCUGCCGGGUUGAACGCCGAGGACAGGUUUCUCAUACAGUUUAUGGCUAAUCAAGAAGUCGGCCAUGCCACCGCCCUAACCAAUAUGCUCGGCCGUAACGCCCCCGUUCAGUGCACUUACAACUAUCCGGUAACAAACGUCCGAGAAUUUAUCGACUUCAACCAGAAACUGACUCGGUGGGGAGAGUCAGGCGUAUAUGGAUUCCUAAAUCACUUAGAUUCGCGCGAAACGGCACAGAUUCUUCUGCAGUCCAUCACUACCGAGGCGCGACAGCAGCUCAUCUUUCGCCAGUUCGAAGGCCUUUUUCCUAUGCCCAUAUGGUUCGAGGUAGGCAUCCCUCAGUCGUGGGCGUGGACUCUUCUCGCUCCGUACAUCUCUUCAUGCCCGGCCAACCAGACUCGCCUGAUCUGGCAGAAUUUCCCUUCGCUUAGAGUCCUUAACCAGCCGAAUCCAGCUCGCAUUAACGGCUCCGACGUCUGGAACGAGACAACAGGCGGAUACGCAAAUACUCUCAGUACUGGAAAUAUCUCAGAGUCGGAGAGUUGUUUAAAUGCCAGCACCGGUGGGAAUUGCAAUCCGGCUAUCACCCAUAACCGGACUGCCCCCUUGUCAUAUCCUGGCCGUCAAGUUUUCCUCGAGUGGGACAGUCCUGGAAAUCCCGUCGGGCCUAAUAACAGCUACGUCACCAGCGUGUCUGCAGGGUCUCCUAGAUAUGCCGCAUGGGUGUCUCAGCUCAAUGUUACUUAUACCCCUUUGCAGAAUGUAAGCGACAACACGGCGUAUACCAUCCAGCCCAAUACGUCGACAUAUGAAGGCGAUCCUGCAGUUAACGGUACCAUCUUCUUGGCUAUAACCGACGAAGACUUAUUCGUCACCCCAUUCAACCUUACGCAGAUUAACCCGCAUGUCAACGCGUUAGCUAUUUACCAGGCAGGUUAAGAGAAUAAUCCUUCAUAAUCCAUGUCUCGACAAUAAUCUGCGCAUGUAGAACCGAGUACCUGGCGCUAAUGGACCAUGUAUAAUGGGGAUAGCGACGAGAAAACGAAAGUUUCAACACCAAUGUAGCAGAGGCACACCUUGUGCUCAUACGACUAGCCCGAUCAUAUGAUAGCCACAAUAUAUCAAAAACCAAUCGUACGAAACUUUUU